ACCGAAUCUACAAUACUUGGAUGGGGGAUCCAAGCAAAAUGGUGCUAUUGGAAGCUGUGACGAAGACCAUCAAGCUGGGAAACCUUCUGGAGCUGGCGGCGGAAUCCGGCAACAUUCUUCUCAGCGGGCUCAAGGACCUGGCCAAGAAGUACCCGCGUGCGUGCAGCGCGGCUCGGGGGCUGGGCACGCACUGCGCGUUCGACUGCGACACCGUGGAGAGACGCACGCGUCUGCUGGACGCCGUGAAGUCGCGAGGUCUGCACCUGGGCGGUUCCGGCGAAAGGUCGGUGCGAUUCCGACCGACCCUCAUCUUCCGACCGCACCACGCGAACAUGGCGCUGGAUAUACUCGACGCUUCGAUGAAGGCGGUCAACUAGAGGUCGGCCACUAGGCGCGCCAUCGUGAUUAUGAGUUGAUGGUGGUGGUGCGAGGCUGUGAGUGUGUGAGUGUGUGUGUGUGUGCGUGCG